AUGAAGCUCCCGCUGUCCGUGGGGGCGCCCGACGCGGCGCCAGAGCUGGCCAAGCCGUCGCUGCCGGCGACGUGGCUCAUCCUGCACGCGCUCUUCUGCGCCACCUCCAUGGCCGUCGGCUUCCGCUUCUCCCGCCUCGUCGUCUUCCUCCUCUUCCUGCCCACGCCGCCCAUGAACCCCUCCGCGCACCUCGUCUCCCUCGUCACCCCGCCCGUCAUGCUCGCCAGCUCCAACGCCACCGCCACCAUCACCACUACGACGACCACCACCACCACCGUCACGACGACGACCACGGUGGCUGAGAGCGAGGCCGGCGCCAACGCGCACCACCAGGUCCACCACGGCCCGGUCUUCGUCGGCCGCCACGCCAUCCGCGUCCGCAAGUGGCCGCACCCGGACCCCAGCGAGCUCCUCAAGGCCCACAGCAUCCUCGCCGCCGUCCAGGAAGCGCAGCGCCGCAGCCGCAACCGGUUGGCCGACGCGCCCAGGCCCGUGAUUGCCGUCACCCCGACCACCACCUCCGCGCUCCAGGCGCCGUCGCUCACGUCCUUGGCGCACACCCUCCGCCUCGUCGACGCCCCGCUCAGGUGGAUCGUCGUCGAGCCUGGCCACCGCACCGACGCCGUCGCCGCCGUGCUCGCCCGCUCCGGCCUCGACUUCCUCCACCUCGUCGCCUCCGACGGCGCCUCCACCGCGCGCCUGCGAAUGCACGCCCUCAGGUACUAUCACCAUGCUCCUCUGCUCGCUGCACUAGAUCUCACUGAGCGCCCAUCCCCAUACCGUCUCGCUCACAAUUUGGAUCUGUCGACCAAUUUCAGGGAGAUACGGAAGGAGAAGAUGGACGGCGUGGUGGUGUUCGCGGACGAGAACGGCAUCCUCCGGACGGAGCUGUUCGACGAGGCGCAGAAGGUCAAGUCCGUGGGCGCCGUGCCCGUGGGCAUUCUGGGCGAGGACGAAGGCACCAAGGAGUCCUUCCUGCAGGCGCCGGCCUGCGACGAGGCCGGGAAGCUGGUGGGCUACCAUGUCUCGGAGGAGACGCUGCUGCCGGCGGCGCGGAGCGACAUGCUGCUGUCCACCCGGCUGGAGUGGGCCGGGUUCGUGGUGAACGCGCGGGUGCUCUGGGAGAGCGCAUCAGAGCGGCCCGAGUGGGUGCGCGACCUGGACGCCGUGGACGGCGGCGCGCACCUGGACAGCCCGCUGGGUCUGGUCACCGACGCCGGCCAGGUGGAGCCGCUCGCCAGAUGCGCCCAGGCGGCGCUGGCGUGGUCGCUCCGGUCAGACGCUCUGCAUGAAGUCAAGUUCCCGCACGAGUAA